CGUAUUUUGUUGUAACGGUCGUUUAUCUAUUGACAUUAAGAAAAAUGAUAAAAAUAAUGUAUAAAUUAAUCUAACAAAAAAUAAUUAGAAUUAUUUUUAUUGUCUGUCAUUAUAUUUAUAUUGUGCAUCUAUUUAUUUUCAAUCAUGUCUCAAGAUAUUCGAUCAUUUUUUAAAUCAUCUUCUAUGUCCAAAUCAUUGAAUGCUAAACCAUCAAAGAAAACCAGCAAGCCAGCAAUAUCAUCUGAUGAAGAUGAACCACGUGGACUUGGCAGUAAUUCUUCAUUAAAAAUGAAAGAAAAAGUAUCAAAAAAAUCUAAGAAACAUGUUCUGUCGGAUUCAGAAGAUGAAGAAUUCAGCAAGAAAUCAAAAACAACUAGCCAAAGUCCGGUAAAAAAGCAAACAAAAAAUAAAGAAUUAAAAGCUGUUUCUAUUGAUAACAUGUUUGCUAAGAUUCCAAUUAAACGAACCAAAGUUGUUGAUACUUCUGCGGAUACAUCAAUAAAAGAAGCGGAAUUUCAUGAUGAUGAUGAAUUCGAAGAUACACUUAAACAAAUAAAUAUAGAUAAAAUAGAUUCGAUAUUUGCAAAGAAUGAUGAAAAGAAGACAAACGGAAAAAGAAAGCAGAUAAAUGAGGAUGAAGAAACACCGCCAAAAAAGAUCAAACUUAGUAAAGACGAAAAAGAAAAAUCACCCAAAAAAGCGAAAGAAAAAGCAUCUAAAAUUUCUGAAGAAAGCUAUAAGGUAGUUGUUGAAAAGAAAAAACCCAAAGAAAAGAAAGAAGAAGAAAAAGAAAUUGAUCCGUAUGAAGAAAAUAUUGUAAAAAAGAAACAACAUGCAGCGAAUUAUCAAAAAUAUUUACAUCGAGGCGGGGCGAGAAAUCCUGGAUCUAAAGAGAUUCCAGAAGGAGCUCCUAACUGUCUUGCUGGUCUAAGUUUUGUUAUUACUGGUGUAUUGGAAUCUCUUGAGAGAGAACAAGCUGAUGAGCUGAUCAAGCAAUACGGUGGUCGUGUAGUAGCAGCAGUUUCUAAAAAAACAUCCUAUUUGAUUGUUGGAGAUGAAGCUGGGACAUCGAAAUUGACAAAAGCAGAUUCUCUAGGUAUUAAAAAAAUAACUGAAGAUGACUUAUUAGACUUAAUUCGUACAAAACCUCAAGGUAAAGCUAGUGAUGUAAUUCCGACUAAAAAUAAAAGGAACAAAUCUCCUCGCGGUCAGCAAGAUAUGUCUCCUCCUACAACCAAAGUAAGCUCACCUGAAAAAUCUCCGGUUAAAAAAGACAAAGAUGAAACAAAAAAAUGUUCGGAAUCGCAAGUAAAUUGUAAAACUGAAUUAUCAAGAAGUUUCGAGAAAAAAUCUCCUCAAAAGAAAGAAAAACCAGUAAUUUCUAAAACCCCCCCUCUUUCGAAACCUUCAUCAAGCUUCGAAAAAAAUGUAUCUAGACUUGACAGUGGAUUACCUCCUUCCCCUCCCAUAGGAGAAGCUGAAGCUUUAGUAGAAAAAUAUCGACCUAAGACUAUGAAGCAAAUAAUAGGCCAGCAUACCGAUAAAAGUUGUGCAAAUAAAUUGUACACAUGGUUAAUGAACUGGAAUAAAAAUCAACAUGGAAAAGUUAAGCCAACCAGACCGUCCCCGUGGGCGAAAAAUGAUGAUGGAGCAUUUUUCAAAGCUGCUCUGAUGUCUGGUCCACCAGGUGUUGGCAAAACUACAACGGCUCAGGUUGUUUGUAAGGAGUUAGGUUUCGAUUUGGUGGAAUUUAACGCCUCAGAUACACGUAGUAAACGAUUACUAAAGGAAGACGUAUCAACUCUAUUAUCAAAUACCAGUGUCAAAGGGUAUUUUACUAGUGGUGGUCCAUCAAAGACAUCAACUAAACAUGUUUUAUUGAUGGAUGAGGUUGAUGGAAUGGCUGGAAAUGAAGAUCGUGGCGGACUACAGGAAUUGAUAAAUUUAAUAAAAGCCACAGAUGUUCCAAUAAUUUGUAUCUGCAAUGAUAGAAAUAAUCCUAAAAUGAGGACUUUGGCUAAUUAUACUUUUGAUCUACGAUUCCAAAAACCUAAAAUUGAGCAAAUUAAAGGAGCUAUGAAGUCAUUAUGCUGUAAAGAAAAUAUCAAUAUAUCAACAGACAAUCUUGAACGUCUAAUUCAAUCAACCAAUUUCGAUAUUCGACAAGUUAUAAAUCAUUUAGCCAUGCUUAGAAGUGACUCAAGUCGUAUAGAAGGAAACAAUAACGAACGAAUUAGUGAAAAAAUUAAUAAGGAUUUAAAAAUAGGACCUUGGGAUGUUUGUAGGAAAGUGUUUAGUGCUGAAGAACACAAAACUAUGUCUAUACAUGAUAAGAGUGAUCUUUUCUUCCACGAUUAUAACAUUGCUAGUUUGUUUGUUCAAGAAAACUAUCUAUCUGUCGUGCCAAAAGCUCCCAGGAGCGAAUUAUUAUCUAGAGUAGCUGAAGCAGCAGAAAGUUUAGCUUUCGGUGAUAUUGUAGAAAAUACCAUUCGUAGAGGAGGUGGAUGGUCAUUACUACCGGUUCAAGCUGCAUUCUCAUCAGUAAUACCAGGAUCUGUGAUGUCAGGAUACAUUACAUCUCAAAUUAAUUUUCCUUCGUGGCUUGGACGUAAUUCCAAACGCAUGAAGUUUGAUAGAUUAUUACAAGAAAUUACUGUACAUACUCGAUUAGUAACUGGAGCAAGUAAAGAAGCAAUUAAUUUAGAUUACCUCAUUCCUUUGAGAGACUCUGUUGUGCGUCCUUUAAUCAAAUAUGGUAAUGAAGGAGUAGAUGCUGCUGUAAAUACCAUGAAUCACUACCAUUUACUAAGAGAUGAUUUGGAUGGACUUAUUGAAACUUCUCUAUGGCCCGGUCAAAAAGAUCCAUUGCAAUUGAUCGACUCCAAAACCAAAGCAGCAUUUACGAGAGCUUAUAAUAAACAUGCCAUAACAGCUUUUGCAAUAAGUGCAGGUUCAAAAAAGAAAAAUACUCAAGCAUCGCAAGAUGAAGGAUUCGGAGAAGAUUUAGACAAUGAAGGAGAUGAUGUAGAAUCAGAUAAAGAUGAGGAAGAUUUAGAAGUUGAUCGUAUGAUUAAGGCGAAAAAACCAACUGAGAAAAAAUCAGCAGCUGAGAAAAAUACUGCAUCGACAAGCAAAGAAACAAGUAGAGGCCGUGGGAAGUCAGCUACAAAACGCGGUCGAGGACGCGGAAAAUAAUGGAAACUAAUUUUUAAGAGUAUGUUUUAUAUUUAAUGGAAUGAAAUAUGUUUUAAUAUUUUUUUAAAAAAUAUUAAAACCUUGAAUGUCUUAUAUUUUCACAUACCAUCGGUGAAAAAAAAUAAAACAAAGUAUUACAAA